AAUAUGAGUUUGCUGCAAAAAUCUUCCCUUUUUAAAGGAGUUUGAUCCGUCUAGCUCCUCCAGACUUCUGAUUCUACUGAUUACCAUUUCUUGGUUCUUCCAGGCUCUCUUGAUUCUGCUGGUUCUGACUUCUGGUGGUGCCAGGCUGUUGGCGGUGGUGAGACUCACUCUCAGCUCAUCACCCUUGUCUGGCUCUCCUGAUUCAUUACACCACCGCCUGACCUGAACCACUGCAUCUCCUUCCCCACAUAUGUGCACACCUGCCGUAUACAGAGCUUAUCUAAAUGUAGCUUCAAAUGUGCAUGCUCUCGUAAUACCUUUCUUCUCUCCCUUUUUUGUUUACCUCUCCUCGUUCUCCUUUCACACCAGUCACCAGUCCUUCAACCAACAGUGUAUCUUCCUCCUUAUUUUUCUUCAUAUAUAUCCUACAUAUAUUUGUAUAUUAUUUAAUAAUAAUGACAUCACAUUAUACAUAGGUUUCUGCAUGUGGCUUUUCUCCUUGAAGAGUUCCUCCAGGAAUCCCUCUAGGACUUCUAGCAGAGCUCCAAUCCAUCCUUUUUAAUGGCUGCACAAUAUUCCCAGGCAUGAACACGCAUUAUUUACGCAACCGUUUUCCAGCUGACGGGCAUUCCCAUGUAUCCAGUUUUUUGCCAUCCCAGAUAAUCCUGUAAUAAACAUCUUAAUACAUAUUACUUUAUGUAUGAGUACUUUUAGUCCUACAGAAUGGAUUCCCAGGAAUGGGAUGCCCCGUUAUAUCUAUUUUUAAUUAGCAGAAAUUGCCAGAUUGCUUUCCUAAAAUAGCCUUCACAUCUCCACUAGUAAUGCAUGAACGUCUCCCUUUCUUUGCCUCCCUUCUAGCUUUGGCUGACAGACCUCUUCGUUUUUGUUAGUGUAAUGGAUCUAAAAUGAGACCUUACUAUUACUUUAAUAGCACUUCCCCCAAAUAAGUGAUGUGAAUCUUUUCACAAAUUUCUUGUCCAUCUGAUGACUUUGUUCUUAGGUCACCUGCCUACUCAUAUUUCUGGCCCAUUUUUCUGUUGAGUUGUUUGUCUUUUUCUUGUCAGUCUGUGAGAGCUCUUUGUGUAUCAGGGCUGUGGCUGAAGGUACGAGACUUUUCUCCCAAGCCAACGUGGCGGGCUAGGAGAUUGUCGGGACGGCUGAAACACGCCCAGGGAUUGUUGAGCAGAGCUAGAUAGGCUGUUCUGACCUGUGGCCACAGACUGCUGGUCACCAUUCAGAUACUCAGUCUGAACAGAAGAUUAUACUGAGCCAGAAUGUAGCUGUGUGCGGAGGACUGAGAAGGUGAGGCAGCCCAGUGCUGUGCUGUCUUCCACCGGUUAAGACCUCCGAGAGUGAAGGCCUGCCAAGGCGGAGGAUGUCCCUCUGCCACCCUUGGAGGGGCAGUGCUGUGCUGGCCAACAUUUACGGUGCCGCUGCGUGUCCCUGGCUCAGAUGAUGCAGUCCACUAAGUCUGAAGGAUUAAGACAUCAAAAUCACUGCUUCUCACUCUUGUUUCCACCUUCACUGUUACAAUAAAUGGCAUUCAUGUAUGUGGCACUCCUCUGGGCAUCCCAGAUUUUGAAGAAACCCAGAGACAUCUUGCAGGGAAGUAAAGCAUGACAGUAAUUGGUUACCCCUGGCACUUUUAGGGGCACAGCAGGAAUGAUCACUCUCAGACUCUGGCACGGUAAGUGAAUCUGAAGCUUAUAUAUAGUCUUCAACCCCCAGCUCAACAAAGCGUAUCAGAAUGCAAAGCAAUAGUCUUGAUAUUACAGAAAACCUUUGAAUCUCUUAAUUUAUAAAAAAUACAAGGAUUCAUAAUACUAUCUUUUCCACUUUUGAAUAUAACUAGUAAUAAAAAAAGGAACUCUGUAAAGAGGAUUCUAAUGUAGAAAAAAUGAAAUUCUUAAAAUAGAAAAAAAUUUAGGUAAACUUUGGUUACCAGAAACAAUUUCUAAUACUAAAAUGUGGUCUGUGUACUAACCAUAAUGUUACAUAACCAUGACGUUUGCUAAGCAUAAAAAAAAAAAUAUCCUUGAAAAUGGUCUGUGACUCUCCUCAUCCUGUUACUCCCGCUUUGGGGACCUCAGGGAUUUAGUUAAUCUCUUAGAGGAAAUCUAGCCUUUAAUUUCUAAAGACUUUUUAUACUAAUUGGCCUUCAUAAGUAACUAUUCAAAUCAAUGCCAGUUGUGUCACAAGAUAUGUAAAUAGCGAUUUCUUUUGUUAGAAGAGGACUGGUACUUGUCUUUUUUGAUGAUUUUGGUAAAUUUGUUAUUUUUUUAAAAAAUAUGAGUGAUAUGUUAAAUGUCAUGCCCGAUCCUAACUAGAACAGCUUGGUAGGGGGAAAAUGAGAUUUAGAAAACUUUAAUGUAACUGUAACAAGACUCUUAGCAAUUGAAAUAAAAGCUUACACUAAACACUACUAUUACUAUCACAACUUAUUUUUUCUGUUCCCAACUGUGUCUUCCAUCAUUCCCUGUUAUGUUUAACAAAAAAAGAUUCUGGAACUUUAUCACCUCCACUGCUGCUGCUUCAAAACCUGACAGUACAAGUGGACACUGGCUAUCUCACUAUGCAGCAUAGCCUUGAUCUGCCCCCUGAAAUAAGUUCUCAGAAGAGCUCCAAGCCUACCGUAUGUUUUCUUAUUAUUUUUAAAUUUUCAAAACAAGUUUGUUUUAGAAUCACACAUUUGGUCCUUUGGGAAGUUACUUCCUGAGGAAUAAACUUCACUUUUUUUAUCUCCCCUUGUUUGACAGCUUAUUGCUGUGACAAACUGUUUUAAUAGGAAAGACACUGCAAUGAUAGUCACUGGGUUGUGUUCGGAUCCUUUCAACCACAGAUAUUUGUUGGACAGAGCAAGAAGCUAUCGCUUUUAUUUUCCUUCUUAAUUAAAUGCAUUGAUGAAGCUUUUCAUCUUUUAAAUAUAUAGAGGGGACCAGUGUGUUGGGAUGAGCAGUACAGAAAACUUAUUUUAUUUGCUUUAUAACUGGAGCAUCUAUGACAGGGCCAGAAAAAAAAAAUGAACACUAGAAUAAUAUGGUGGGGCAGCCCCGGUGGCUCAGCAGUUUAGCGCCGCCUUCAGCCCAGGGUUUGAUCCUGGGGACCCGGGAUUGAGUCCCACAUCAGGCUCCUGGCAUUGGAGCCUGCUUCUCCCUCUGCCUGUGUCUCUGUCUGUCUCUGUGUGUCUCUCAUGAAUAAAUAAAAUCUUAAAAAAUAAUAAUAAUAAUAUGGCACUAGCCUGUAUUUCUAGUGUGUGUUUAGGGGGUGUUUACUGAAUUUCUUUUACUCACUGCCUGUCCUCUGCAUUUACUUCUAGCACUGCUGAUGGUUCUUUAGAACUCAGGAUUCAUGCUGCUGUGUUUCCACCUGAGAACCGACAUUGGCUGGAAACCCUGAUGCAGUGAGAGGGACCCUCGAGGCCCACAGGACGUGGCCUACCAUCUAAUUUAACGUUUGUUGUGCAGCACGGGGAGCAGGACAGCAAAGGGAGCUUUGCUCUUCGGAGAAGAGGACCACCGUCCUGAAGGCGAGCGGAGGCGGCCCGUCCAGGCGCCGCACCUGCCCACCACUUGGUACCGGAGCAACCCCUGGCUGCGGGGCGGGGCGGGGCGGGGGCAGCCGUUGGCGCCCGGCCCGCAGCCCCAGCAGCGCCCGCGGCCCCAGGCCGGCCUCCCCGCCUUUCUCCCUCGGGACGCGGGCGCGGCGAUGCGGACUGACGAGCUGCCGGCGGCGCCCAUGGACACCCCGGGUCCCGGCCGCCGGGGGGCGCCGUCCUGCGAGGCCUGGGGCUACUUCCACCUGGCCGCGGCGCGCCCGGGCCGCGCGGCCGGCCAGUGGGCCACCUGCCGGCUGUGCGGGGAGCAGGUGAGCCCGGGCUUCCACGCGGGCGCCGCGGCGCUGUGGCGGCACCUCGAGGGCGCGCACCGGCCGGAGCUGCAGAAGAGCGCCGCGCGCCCCCCGCCGCCGCCCCCCGGGCCCCCCGCGGCCGCCGAGGGCGACUGGGCGCGCCUGCUGGAGCAGAUGGGCGCGCUGGCCGAGCGCUGCCGCGUGCGGGAGCGGGAGCUGGCGCGGCGCGAGGCGGCCGUGGGGCGGGCCCAGCGCGCCCUGGAGCGGAGGCGCCGCGCGCUGCAGCAGGAGGAGCGCGCCGCGGCCCAGGAGCGCCGGCAGCUGCGGGCCGACGCCGAGGCGCUGCGGGCGCGGCUGCGGGACCUGGGCCGCCGCGAAGCCGCGCUAGCCGCCGCCCCCGGCCCGCCCCCGCCCAAGGGAGAGCCCGGGGGGCACGCGGACGGCUCCCCGGGCGCCGGGGUCCUGCUGCUGUAGGGCCGCCCCCCACCCCCGGGGCGCCAGCGCCUGCCUUGGCUGCCCCUGCAAUGACCGCUCCAGCCGCUCGCUGGCCUACGUCACCCGGAGCCUUGUACCUGGUGGUGAUGUCGGGAAGGCAGAAGCCUCCUUCGGGACCAAAGACAAACCACAGUCCUCGCCAGCCAGGGUGCACGGUGCAUGGAAAGGACGGUACAGCGUUCACCCAAGAAGGGCUCUACUCAUUUCCUACUGAGUAAAUCUCCGGUGAGUUGGCUUGCCCAGCACGAAGCUCUGAAAAGGCGGCCCUUUCGCCUCCACAGCUGCUCUUGGCCCUCCCCAGCGCCUCCCCUGUCGCCCCCGCCCCCCAGCCUGCAGACCGCACCUCGUGCACCCUGAGUCCCCCCAGCUGUUUCCUUUGCAUUUCAAACCCAGAGGCAGCUGUGGGGAGUUGCCUGGCUUCCCUGCCUCACUUCCUUUUAGAAAAAUAUGACCUCAUCCCUCACUGUUAGGAAGGAAACCUGGGUUCCCCACAUCUCCACCCUCCUCACUUCUAGGCCACAGUAGAAGGAAAGCAUCCCUCCCAUCGGAGGCCACUUCCACCUUUCUCGGUGUUCAUCCAUUCCGCUUCCACCUUUACUGGACCUUUGCUCCAUUAGGGUUUCUCCUUUCCUCUGACUUCCUCCUUCCCUCUCCCCAGGCUGCUGCUCUUCCUCCACAGCACCAGGUCUCCCCUGGCACUAAAAAGACUCCCCCAGCCUGGCUGCCCUCAAGUGAACAAGGGGAGAGCUCCAGCUCUCCCAAGGGGAGCCCCGUUACCCUUGCCCUAUCCUUCCUUCCAGACUUCAGUCCUUCCCCUCGUGGUCAGCUUCCCAUCCUACCCUGGACCCUUAAGAAGCUGAAUUGACUAUUUAUUUUCAGCCUCCAACUACCCUCCAACUAGACUGAGCAGUUAUUAACAUCUUGCCUUAGUUGCUUUUUCGGCCCUCUACCCCAAACAUGCAGGGCACUUCAUCCAUAAGUAUUUAUAUCCCUUUAGCCUCUAAAAUUCCCCAGUUGUCUCAGAAAUGUCUUAAUCUUUUCUAAAAAAAAACAAAACAAAAGGGUCCAAUCACGGUUCAUACAUUGCUUUUUGAUUAUGACUUUGUCUCUUUUAGUCUAGAACAGCUUCCUUUUUUUUUUCCAUGACAUUUUUGAGAGUCCCAGCCAUCUGCCUUAUAGAAUGCCCAUUAUUCUGGGUCUGUCCGAUUGUUUCCUUAAGCCAGUUUAUGUACUCACUCUUGACUCACCUACUCUGUGCCAGUGACUCCUACCUCCAGUGUUCUUCCCAGUUCUUCAGGUCCAACCUCUACUGUAUGUCUCCACCUCUACUUGUAUAUCCUGUUACUGCUGAUGGAAAUGGCAAAUCUGUUCUGUUCCACAUCCCCCCCUCUUACCUAACAACAGUUACUGGGCUCUUAAAAUAUAUAGGUACAUAAUGCCCAUGCAUUAUCUCACUUUAUUCUCAUAGCUCCCUGAGGAGGUAUUAAUACUAUGCCCAUUUACAGCUACAGAAACUGAGAUAGAAAGGGGUUAAAUAGCCGGUACAAGAUCACAGCUGGUAAACAGUAGCACUGGGAUCCAAAUCCAGUCUCUAUCUCCAGAAGCACUGGUCCUACCUGCUGUACUGUCUUCCCUUGCUAGUCACUGACCUGACACACCAGUUUCCUCCCUAACUCUCAUUCCAGGUAAUAUUGUCAGAGACAUUAUGCACUAAGCAUUCACCAUGUGCCAAAUGCUUUACAAGAAUAACUGCCUACCAUGCAGCAACGCCACGACAUAAUUAAUCCUAUGCCCAUUUUGUAGAGGAAGAGAUAAGCUCAGGGAGUUAAGUAAUGAGGUAGAAUGGGAUUUGAACUCAUGUCACUGAAUCAUAGGCCCUGAUUUACUGAGUCUGUUUCUACAGAGCAUCACACGGUCUUCCUUCUAAUGCCACCUGCCAAGCUCAGGCCUCAUUUAUCAUUCAUCUGGGGUUCAUCUUCCCAUCCUUGUCUUCCCCAACUAUCCAUUCUUAACACUCAACUAAAGGAAUUCUUCUAAGCCAACACUGAUUAUAUCAUAAUUCCUGCUCAGAGGCCCCCCAAGGUCACCCAUCACCUAUAGUCUUUGACUUUGUAGCCUGUCAUCCAAGUGCCCCCACACUGCUACCAGUCUCAUCUGUCCCUUCCCCUACAUUUACUAUAUGCCCCAUCCCAACUGGACUCCCCAUUCUUCCUGACAUGCCCUGGUCUUGGCAUCUCUAUGCAUUUGUUUUCCUUCCACUUAAAAUGUCCCUUCAAUCUCUGAAUGUGAAAAAUUCUACCCAUUUUCAAAGACCAAGCUCAAAUUCAAUUGCCUGCUUGAGGCCUUCCUUGAUUUCCCCUCCCCCCCUUUUAAAGAUUUUAUUUAUUUAUUCAUGAGACACACACAGAGAGAAGCAGACACAGGCAGAGGGAGAGGCAGGCUCCAUGCAAGGAGCCCGAUGCAGGACUCAGUCCCGGGACUCUGGGAUCACGCCCUGAGCUGAAGACAUGCCCAACCACUGAACCACCCAGGCAUUCCUCCUUAAUUUCUCCUAAUUGAGAGAUAAUUCUUUACUUCUCUGGACUCCUAGCAUUUUGUAUCUCAUAACCCUUAGAACAGGCCAUCUGGCAUAGAUAAGAAUAGGCUAUAUGGGUUCUCGUCUUCCUUCUCCUGCCAGACCCUGAGCCUUUGGGUUAUCCUAUUCCCACAGUGCUUUGCAUAUAAUAGCUGCUCAAUAAAUAUUUGAGACGUUGUACUCACUUGAAGAUUUUUACAAGUUAGUUAUUAAUAUAAUUAUUCAUUUAUCAUUGAUUCUGUGUAGAAUUCAUAGCAGAAAAAAAAUAGCCUAGAAGGAAAUAGCAGUAAUAAUUUUUUAAGCUGUUUAGUCAAUAAAGAUUUAGUAAGUGUCUGUUAUUACACUGUUUGGUUUGAAUCCAAACUAGUAUGUCAUUACUAGUAAGUCAUUAUCAAGAAAUGCUUUUCUUAAAAUGUUUUUUCAUUACACAAGUAACACAAAUGCAAUGCCUAAAUCUAGGAAGAAAUCAGAAACACAUCCCCCAAAGUCCUGUCACCUUAGUAAAACUUCUAUAAAUAUUUUAAUGUAUUUUAUUCUUUUGUCUUUUACAAUCUUUACAUUAUCCUAAUAUGUUAUUUCAAUUAAGUAUUGAAAUAUAACUUCUUCAUGUGGAUGUAUAACUUGGGCUGUAAGAAGAAUCUGAACUUUUUAGAAGAAACCUUCUACAAAUGUUAUUCUAUUUCACCAACUGUUAAAACCAUUAAUAUCAGCAAAGAUCAACUUUUAGAAUCUCAACUGCUCUUCAAGAAAGAUGGCCAAUGGGAGCACCAAUAGCCUCUGUUUAGGGGACAGGGGGAACAAUUCGCCUAACUGGUAACUUAGUGCUCGCUGUGGGAGGGAGUUAAGGGAAGAGAUUUUACUUUCUGCUUUAUAUACUUCUGCAUUGUUGUACUUUUUUAUACCAAGCAUGAAUUACUUUUAUAAUCAAAAAUAAAAUUUACAUUUCUCAAAUGAGAA